UCAACCUGGUUCAACUUUCACUCUCUCAACAACACCAAGAUGUCUGCCCCCACUGGAAAGCGAAAACACACGCCGAAAAAUAGAAAGACAAAAUCGUUUUUGGAAUUUGACGAUAAAGCUAGAUCUGAGUAUCUACGAGGUUUUCAAAAGCGGAAAAAUGAAAGGCGAAAGCUGGCAAGAGAGAAGCAUGACAAAAAAGUCAUGGAUGAAAGGAAGGAGCUCCUUAAGCAGGCCAGAGAUCAACAAAAGAGUCGCUUGCGGCAGGAGGCGGUGAUCAUCCCUGAAAUCCAACAUCUGGUGGAUCCAACAGUUUUUGACCUCCCGGAUCAUACAGUGACCAUUGCCGACAUUGGAGAAGUUGACUACGUUGGAAAAUCCGGCAUGCGGUUGGGUUUUAACACUGGCCAACAGAACAAGCCAGAAGAAGAGGAAGGAGAAGAAAAUGAGAAUCAAGAAGAUGAGGGGGCUGUGAAGCCUGUGAAAAACAAGUCCUUAAAACAGAAGCUAGCAGCUUGCAGCAAUCAGCUGUCUGCCCAGAAAAUGCAAGUCAAGAAACUCAAAAAGAAACAGAUGUUGAAACAGAAGUUGCAGACAAAGAAAAAGGGCAAAGGGAAAAGGAAGUUGAAAAAGAAGAAGUAAAUAAAGUAUAGUGUUGGAACAUAAUCGA